CAGCCCAACUAAAUACCAGGGACUCUUGGCAAACCUUUGAACGGCAGUAGAUGGAGGGCGAUGAAGCCCCCCCCAACCUUUGUCAGGAUGCCUAGUCUUUAACAGUGAUCUAUUCUUCUGUAUUGGAAUGGAGGGGGUGCGGGUGAAAGAAGGAACCCAGGAAACAAAGACAAGCUGAGAAACCUGUGUAGGUCAUUGUGUUCUGUCUCGUAAUCCAUCUGAACCAUGAAGCCUUCGAUGGCAGAUCCACCCCGUCAGAGAAGGAUGCUGUGGAUUACCCUUCUAAGCACAAUUGCAGUAGCAUGGACUACCCCCAUUCCUUUGAUUGAGGAUUCUGAGGAAAUUGAGGAAGCUUGCUUUGAUCCUUGUUACUGUGAAGUCAAAGAAAGCCUUUUUCAUAUACACUGCGACAACAAGGGAUUUAUAAAUAUUAGCCAGAUAACGGAAUCAUGGUCGAGACCUUUCAAACUUUACCUGCAGAGAAACUCCAUGAGAAGAUUAUACACAAACAGUUUUCUCCACUUGAACAAUGCUGUUUCUAUUAACCUUGGCAACAACGCACUGCAAGACAUUCAGACGGGGGCCUUUAAUGGGCUCAAAAUUCUGAAGCGACUGUACCUGCAUGAGAAUAAACUAGACGUUUUCCGAAAUGAUACUUUCCUGGGAUUAGAGAGUCUGGAAUAUCUGCAGGCAGAUUACAAUGUUAUUAAGCGAAUUGAAAGUGGGGCAUUUCGAAACCUGAGUAAACUCCGGGUCCUGAUCUUAAAUGACAAUCUAAUUCCCAUGCUUCCGACCAAUUUGUUUAAGUCGGUGUCUCUGACUCACUUGGACUUGCGUGGGAAUAGGUUGAAAGUACUUUCCUAUCGAGGGAUGCUGGACCACAUUGGUAGGAGCUUGAUGGAGAUUCAGUUGGAAGAGAAUCCUUGGAACUGUACUUGUGAAAUAGUUCAGCUGAAGAGCUGGCUGGAACGUAUUCCGUAUACUGCCCUUGUGGGAGACAUUACGUGUGAGACCCCCUUUCACUUCCAUGGCAAGGACUUGAGGGAAAUCAAAAGAAAUAAACUCUGCCCCAUGUUGUCUGACUCGGAACUUGUCAGCGUUGGUGUCCCUCAGUUACCCUCAAGCAAGGAAAAUGCUUGGCCUACUAAACCUUCUUCCAUGUUGUCCUCCUUCCAUUUCACUGCUUCCUCUGUUGAAUAUAAAACCUCCAUUAAGCAGCCCAAGCCAACGAAACAGCCCAGGGCUCCCAAACCACCACCUACACCUCGAGGCCUGUAUCCUGCACCCAACCAGCCUCCGAUCGCUGCAUACCAGACGAGGCCACCUAUACCCAUCAUAUGUCCUACCGGCUGCUCUUGUAGUUUGCACAUCAAUGAUUUGGGCCUAACUGUCAACUGCAAGGAAAGAGGGUUCCACAAUAUUUCCGAGCUCUUACCCAGGCCCAUCAAUGCCAAGAAACUCUACCUGAGUGGGAAUUUGAUACAAAAAAUUUACCGUUCAGAUUUCUGGAAUUUCUCUUCCUUGGAUCUUCUGCAUCUUGGGAACAAUCGGAUCUCGUAUGUGCAGGAUGGGGCUUUUAUUAACUUGCCUAAUCUGAAAAGCCUAUACUUGAAUGGCAAUGACAUUGAGAGAUUGACCCCAGGCAUGUUCAGAGGCCUGCAGUGCUUGCAUUAUCUGUACUUUGAGUACAAUCAGAUCAGGGAGAUCCAACCCGCCGCCUUCAGUCUCAUGCCUAACCUGAAGCUACUCUUCCUCAAUGACAAUCUCCUGAGGACCCUGCCUACUGAUGCCUUUGCUGGCACAUCCCUGGCCAGACUCAACCUGCGGAACAACAAAUUCUUGUACCUGCCUGUGGCUGGUGUGUUGGAGCACCUUAAUGCCAUUGUCCAGAUUGACCUGAAGCUCAAUCCUUGGGAUUGCACAUGUGAUCUGGUGCCCCUCAAGCAGUGGAUCGAGACGAUCAGUUCUGUCAUUGUGGUGGGGGAUGUCCUUUGUGCCAGCCCAGAGAACCUUACUAAUAGAGAUGUCCGCUCUGUGGAGUUGGAGGUGCUGUGUCCAGAAAUGUUACAUGUUGCCACUGCCUCACCAGCACCACCACCAUCAGGUCACCCAAGUCCUACCAGUCCCUCACCCUAUGAGCUACCCCCAGCUGGAGGAGGGCCAGUACCACUCUCUGUGCUCAUCCUUAGUCUACUUGUGCUGUUUUUCUCUGCAGUCUUCAUUGCUGCAGGCUUGUUUGCCUUUGUCUUACGCCGACGGCGCAAGAAGCUUCCUUUCCGGAACAAACAGCGGCAGGAAGCCCUUGACUUAACGGGCAUCCAGAUGCAAUGUCAUCACCUCUUUGAGGAGGCAGGCGGUGGAGGUGGUGGUGGAAUGAGUGCAUCCCCAGAGAAGGCACCCCCUAUGGGUCAUGUUUAUGAUUACAUCCCACAUCCGGUAACCCAGAUGUGCAACAAUCCCAUCUACAAGCCGCGCGAAGAAGAUGAAGUUAUAGCAGGAGAAUCUGGGCAACCUGGGGACAUACUUCUAGGAGGUGGCAAUGGAGGUAGUACCUGUGUUGGGGAACAGUUUGUUGACCCCACUAAGGAGAGUGGGAACAGUAGCUGCUAUAGGACCUUGCUGGAGAAGGAGAAGGAAUGGAACCUGGCAGUGUCCAGCUCGCAGCUCAACACCAUAGUGACAACCAACCAUCACCCACACCCUCAGCCAUCUGGAGGAGGAAUUGGUGUGGGGAUUCCUCUCUUGGGGGAGCUAGCCCUGGUGCCGCCUGUCUUCCACCAUGAGAAGAAUGGUGGGGUAGUACUCUUCCCUCCUACUGGUGCCGUUCUAGACAAUAGGGAGAGGCCCCCAUUGGUCCCUCCAUGCUCAGUGGGCUUUGUGGACUGCCUAUACGGCACAGUGCCCAAAUUAAAGGAACUGCACGUGCACCCCCCUGGCAUGCAAUAUCCAGACCUACAACAGGACGCCAGACUGAAAGAAACUCUUCUCUUCUCAGCUGGUAAGGGCUUCCCAGAACAUCAUCAACCCCCCCAAAGUGAAUACCUCGAGUUAAGGGCCAAACUCCAAACCAAGCCGGAUUACCUCGAAGUCCUGGAGAAGACCACUUAUAGGUUUUGAGAAAAAAAAAAAACGUCUAGCUUUUUACAGCCAAAUUCCAGCAUCUCCCACUCCCCCCCAGCCCCCAGAGCACCCUCACAUCACAUCCGCUCCUCUCCCUUUCCUCCCCCUGACCACCGCAUGCUGAUACUAGAAGAUACAGCUCUGUGCUUCCCCCCUGCCAGUUGUUGGUUUGGAGGAAGGGCCUAACUCAGAUGACCAUUAAUCGAUAAAAGUGCCUUUGCAGACUUUUGCCAGCAGAUGUUAAUCAAUCAUUAUUUUUUUAUAUUGAAAAACAAAAAACCUGAGACUUUGACUGUGCCAUGUUGUCUAAGAUAUAAGAAUAUUAUUAUUAAUUAGCAUCAUGGGGGAACUUUGUCUUGAUCCUGACAAAGUACAAUUCUGUGUGUACUAUCCUCCCCUCUUUUUCCUCCUCCUCCUCCUCCUCCUCCUCCUCCUCCUCCUCCUCCUCCUCCUCCUCCUCCUUUUCCUCUUCUCUCUCUCUCUCUCUCUCUCUCUCUCUCUCUCUCUCUCUCUCUCUCCUGCACUCUUUCUUUUAAGAAACAAAAUACUAUAGAAACACAAUCCUUUCCAUUCUAUUUUUUACAUUGAACAAUGGGAGGUGGACUCAAAAAAAACCGUCUUCAGCUUUUCCCCUCCCCCUUUUAUCAUGGCACAGAUUCUGUACAUUUAUUUAAAAGAAUACAAAAGUGGGGUGAAUAACAACAAAAAUGCAGUUAGCUGCAUGUCUGGAAACUGCUUUUGGGGGGGGAACUUGUCCUCUGUUAAUGUUUUUCACUCUCUUCUCUCCUUUUUCACCUACAUGUACACACAAGUCCCGAAUCUCAGUCACAACUUUCUAUUCCCAACCUUCUUCGAUCAGCUUCCUUUGCCAUUAUUGCAAAGUGCCCACUCUCCCUCCAUUUUCCACAGUAAAUGUUGUGUAAGGGAGUUCAGAGACAUUGCUGGCCUAAAACUAUUAUUUUAAGCCAAGCUUUCCAGCUCUUGGUCUCUUGUGGCAUUCCUGUGGGGAAGAAAAGGUCAGUUCCAUUAUUAUUAUUAUUAUUUUAAAAAAAGUUUAUUACUUUUCUAUUCAAUAGCAGCCACACUUCUAAUUAAGACUCCAACAUAAUAAGUGUACAGGUGGGGGAAAAAUAAAACUCACUGGAUACCAAUCACAGAUAUUUCUUAGAAGAAACACUUUUAAUGUUCUUUCUUUUUUCUCUUCCUUGCUCUCACACACACUCUCUCACACACAGACACAAAUACAAAUGUGCAUAUAUUUAUUCUGUACUUUCAAGUAAAUAUCAAUUGUAAAGGUAAUGUUUAAUCAUUGUACAGUGAUGCGUCUGGUAUAGCUUUCCUAAUAAAACAUUUUGAAAAAAAAUAGAUAUAUAUUAGAAGAUACAAAAGCUUGAAUUUUAAAAACUUGAGCUAUACCCUGUUCAUACCCUUGCUUCCCGUUAAGUCCAUGUUGUUUUAUUAAUACCAGUACAAUCUAUUGUGAUGUUAAUAGAAUAUAACAAAAAUAACAAUCUCUGCAAUUUUUCUAUCAAAAUGCUAUUUUGGAUUUUUAAAAUCUGAUUUUUCAAUCUCUUUCUUUCUCUUCCCUUUUCCCUUCUGCUCCUUCUGUUUUCCUCCAUUUCAAUUUGUUAUGCUUUUAUCGGAAUGAGUUUCUUCCUACGUAAUAAUAUGCAAUAGAUUUAUUUAAUUCUUUGAAAUUAUUGGUACCAUUAUUUAUGUUCUGCUGCAAGGAAAAGUCAUUUGAUUUGAUUUCAACCCCUACCCCCGAAGUUUAAAUUUUUUAAAUAUAUUGAAUAUAUUAUAUAUUAUUUUUAGAACGGGAGGCAUAAAUUUCAGCAUUUUUUUUAACUGUGUGGGUAUGUUGCUUCCCCCCCCCUCUUUUUCUAUAACAGUUGAGAAAAUUAGACCUAGUAACUCUCUUUAGGCUACAAGCUUCCAUCUGUUUUACUGAAAUCAUAGUUUGGGCUGAGAUAAAUGAAGUGGUUUUGUUGUGUUUGCUAUAGAUUUUUUUUGUUAUAUCUCUUCUUUUUUACUUUAGAAUUGCUAUAUUGCCAAAUUAACUUCGUAGAGCAUUUUUCCCCCCAAAUUAUUUUGACUAGUAUGAAAAGAAGCAAAAAAAAAAAAAGUUUGCUUGUUUCAUUUAUUUCCUUUCCAAGGUAUCUAGCUGGUAUCUUGUUUCUUGUAGAACUGAGUUGACACUGAAAAAAAUCCGAAGGGAAAGAUUUCCUUGGUGGAGAAAAAAAUAUUAUCCAUCCCGUAUGGCCAGUAGAUGGCACCCGAGUUCCAGAAAUGACACCCGGAGACCAGGAGGCUACUUUUGAAUGGUGCACACAGCCUAUCCAUUUGGAGUCCCGAAUCUGCCCUUAAUAGAAAAUCAUCACGUUGAAUGUAAUUCACCAGACGUCACUAAUGCCUUACAUGAAGAUAAAAAAAUCAAACUAAAGGGAAACUGUGGAAAGUACUUCCUUUAGUAUGUACCAAUAUGGUGGUGGUACCCUGUUUCUGACGAUUUCAAGCAAUGGUUUUUAUAUUUAUAUAACACAGACACACAGACACACACUCAUGAAGAAAGGGGAAAUGUAUUUAAAAAAUAAAAUAAGUCAUAAAAGCAA